CAUACAGAGACAACCAGGUGUCAAAUCGUCGGAUAAAAUGCCCUCAUCCGGCGAGCUAAAGCAACAGAGAUAUUGAUUUCACGAGUAACAGGCAUCUCUGAUUGGUCAAGCUGUUGGUUUGAAUUUGAUAAAUAAUAUAAAUAAAGCUCCACGGAAUUAUUUAAAGCACAAGCACACUUUGAGUCACUACACUCCAUACUCGAAAAUGUCCGAGGCAGAGGCAAAAUCAGCUGCUCCAAGCGCUGAGCUUUUGGAAUGGCCGAAGAAGGACAACCGUCGCCUCCUUCACGCCGUGUACCGCGUCGGCGAUCUCGAUCGCACGAUCAAGUUUUACACGGAGGCUCUAGGGAUGAAGCUGUUGAGGAAGAGGGAUAUUCCUGAAGAGAAAUACUCGAAUGCAUUUCUGGGAUUUGGGCCUGAAGAGUCUCACUUCGUGGUCGAGUUGACCUACAAUUAUGGCGUGUCUUCUUAUGAUAUCGGGACUGGUUUUGGACAUUUCGCCAUUGCUACUCCCGAUGUUAAAAAGCUAGUUGAAGAGGUUCGUGCCAAAGGUGGUAAUGUGACGAGGGAGCCUGGUCCUGUGAAAGGUGGGAACAGCAUCAUUGCCUUUGUGAAGGACCCAGAUGGUUACACAUUUGAGAUCAUUCAGCGACCUUCCACCCCUGAGCCACUUUGUCAAGUAAUGCUCCGCGUUGGUGAUCUUGAACGCUCAAUCAAGUUCUAUGAAAAGGCUUUGGGCUUGAAGCUAUUAAGGACGAUUGAGAGGCCUGAAUACAAGUACAACAUAGCCAUCCUGGGAUAUGCAGAGGAAGACCAGACAACCAUUUUGGAGUUGACUUAUAACUAUGGUGUGACUGAAUACACCAAGGGAAACGCAUAUGCGCAGAUUGCUAUUGGUACUGAUGAUGUCUACAAAAGUGCUGAGGUUGUCAACUUGGUUACACAAGAACUUGGAGGAAAGAUAACCAGGCAACCUGGACCAAUUCCCGGACUCAACACCAAGAUCACUUCUUUUCUGGAUCCAGAUGGCUGGAAAACUGUGCUGGUUGACAAUGAGGAUUUUCUCAAGGAACUGCAGUAAGCACGAAUAUAACCGCAUGAAGUCAAAGUAUCUGUGGAUAGUCCAUAUUAUAUGAAUAAGAUAUUCCACAUGCUGUAUUAGCAACCAGGCAUUGCCUGUUUCAGUAUGGUUGCGUAUGUUACUUUGUUUUUCUAUUUUAAUAGGACAUGGUACUUUGUUUGUCUAUUUUAAUAGGACAUGGUACUUCGACUAUCUGUUUUAAUAUGGUUGUCAAAGUUAAUCUAUGUCUGUUUAACGUGGUUGUACUAUGGUAAUGGUGGUAACCGAGGUUGACAUCAUUGUGAAAAUUUUAUGAUCGUGUCGGUUUAGUAAAGUGAUUUUG